AUGGGUUCAUCUAUCAACUUUCACUCAGGAUAUGUGAGCAAGCACAAUCAGCAGCGGGUGAGGUCCACGCCGAAUAUUUUUCAGAAGGAGUCUGUGACUUCGAAGUGCACGAGUAGUACAAAGUCCAAGCUUUCCUUGGCAUUGCAGACACAGGGAAGUAAGGCCGGGCAGAACAAUCAACAUGAUUUGCAGGAGGGAUCAUCUUCGACGUCGACGUCGACGUCUUCGACAUCCACAACAACUUUGUCUUCGUCUUCCGGGAGUGAUUUUUGCGGAAUUCAGGGCCCUGAAGAUUCUGUCGGGGGUAGUCGUGCUGUCAAUUUGCGGAGUGAUGACGGGGCAGAUGAUGAGGACGAGGAUUACUCGUCUUUGGAUGAGAAGAAUGAGGAAAGUGCGGGGGAUUAUAAACCCGGGGGCUACCAUCCUGCGUUCAAGGGGGAAGUUUACAAGGAUAAGCGGUAUACGUUGGUGCGGAAGUUGGGUUGGGGGCAUUUCUCGACUGUUUGGUUGGCCAAAGAUAAUGUUAAUGGGAAUCAUGUUGCAAUGAAAAUAGUUCGUAGUGACCGUGUAUACACUGAAGCUGCGCUGGACGAGGUGAAGCUAUUGCACAAAGUUCGUAGUACUAGAGCUAGUGAUAGCUACGAUCCGGUGUGUGUUGAAGGUGAAGAAGGUACUGCAGGUGCUGCCGGUGCUGAUCGUAAAGCUGACCCUGAGAAUCGGAGAUCUGGUACAAACCACAUUCUUAAUUUACUCGAUGAUUUUGUUCACAAAGGUGAUAAUGGUGAACAUGUAGUGAUGGUCUUUGAAGUUUUGGGAGAGAAUUUGUUGGCGUUAAUUAAAAAAUAUGAACAUAGAGGUAUUCCAACCGUAUAUGUGAAACAGAUUGCAAAACAGUUAUUAUUGGGUCUAGAUUACAUGCAUAGAAAGUGUGGCAUUAUUCAUACAGAUAUAAAACCAGAAAAUGUAUUGAUGGAGAUUGGCGAUGUGGAGGGCAUUGUGCGGAUGAUGGAACAUCUUGAUAGGCAGAAGAAAGAGCUACGCAGAUUGAAAAGAAGAGCUUCGAGGUCAAUGUUUGAUUCGCCACCGCUUUUCCGCGAGAGCAAUUCCUACACAGGCAGUGUUAAUCGCACCCACAGUAACAACCACAAUAGUAGCGUUAACGACCAGUCAACUCGUAGGGCAAGAAGACAUACCUUGAUAACCGGUUCCCAACCGCUUCCAUCCCCAUUAUCUUCCAAUAACUUUAUAGAGUUUAAAUCUCAGAUCCUGGGACAGACUCCAAAUAAUAUCAGCAGGCAGCCAUCAAUAUCUGGUAGGUCAUUUUCUUCUCAAGCCCUGAUUACAGGAGCCAAUACUACUUCUGGCUCAUCUUUACAUAAGCAGCUGCCUGAAUCAGACCAUGACAUUUCUAACUCUUUUUCCUCUAUGGAAAUUGAUGACCAUGGUAAUAACAACAAUGACGAUAAUUAUACCGAAGCCAGUCAAGUGAUUCAGAUUAAAAUUGCAGACUUGGGUAAUGCAUGUUGGUAUGAUGAGCACUUUACCAACGCUAUCCAAACUCGUGAAUACAGGUCUCCAGAGGUUUUGUUAGGUUGUCAAUGGGGUUGCAGUGCUGACAUUUGGUCCACUGCUUGUUUGAUUUUUGAACUAUUGACUGGUGAUUUUCUUUUCGAGCCGAAUCAAGGACAUUCGUAUAGUAAAGAUGACGACCACAUCGCCCAGAUAAUCGAAUUAUUGGGGAGCUUGCCAUCUUAUCUAUUUGAGAGCGGCAGGUACGUUAAAAAUUUCUUUCUUCCUGAUGGAAAAUUAAAGAAUAUAAAGAAGCUAAGGUUUUGGCCUCUAAAAGACGUACUUGUUGAGAAGUAUGGGUUCGACUCUGCGACUGCAGAAGAAGUUUCUGGUUUUUUGUUACCAAUGUUGGAAAUGGAUCCAAGAAAACGGGCAGAUGCCGGUGGUAUGGUUAAUCAUCCUUGGCUAGCUGGGACUGUUGGUAUGGAAAACGUUGUUGUUAAUGAUAGAAAGUUGUAUGGAAGUGGCAUAGAUAUUCCUGGUUGGUACAAGGAGGUGAGUCGACAUGAACGGCACUGA